CAGCAAGCCAAUAAAUCUUGUUGAUCACGUAGAAUCGUCACCUUUGUUGACACCUCGACGAUUGUGCAAUUUUUCGAAGAACACAUCAGUCAAGCGCUAAGGCUGAAGUAUUUAGCGUACGUUUAGGAACCACCGGAAGGCGGGGGGCGGGUAGUGUAAAUAGAUGAGCCUUACAUAUAGGUGGCGAAGGAGUCUGGACUAUCAUUCAUCAGUGAGUUAGUGAGUGAGGCAAAAAUGUAUUCUAAAUUAGUUUUCGUGUGUUUGGCGAUGGCCAGCGUGAGGGCUGCGCCUGCGGCGACCGAUGUCGUACCGCUAGAAAAGCAGCAGCCUACAGUAAUUCCUAUAGUUUCACAGUCGGAAGAGUUAGAAAAUAAUGGAACAUACAAAUUCAGUUACGAAACAGGCAACGGGAUCAAGCGUGAAGAAACAUCGUACGACAAAGUUCUCCCGAAAGUGCAGGGGCGGUCAGCGGCGGGAGACAGCAACGAGGGCGGCGAGAGCGAGGAGAGCAACGAGGUGCACGUGCAGCAGGGAUCCUACUCCUACACCGCGCCGGAUGGCACUGUCAUCAGUGUCAGGUAUGUUCUCCCGAGAGUGCAGGGGCGGUCAGCGGCGGGAGACAGCAACGAGGGCGGCGAGAGCGACGAGAGCAACGAGGUGCACGUGCAGCAGGGAUCCUACUCCUACACCGCGCCGGAUGGCACUGUCAUCAGUGUCAGGUAA